AUGGCGUCCGCUCUCAAUUUGCAGGUGAGUAUUAGCCUUCGUUCGAACGAUAUUGACUCUUCAGCGAACAAGCGCGUGCGCGCGCGCUCUACAGCACCCACCUCCUACCAACCACCUCCUCCUUCGUUCACCACCGGAUUCUCCCCGCUCAAAUCGAUUCUGCAGGCCUCCCACAUCCGCCAUGCACGCACGCCCUCACCCGAUCACAACGGCUUGCGAGCGAGCAAACGCAUGCAAAACACAGCGAUGGGUCAGCGGCGACGCAGGAGGAGGGCCAGUCGUUGGGUCUCAGGGAGCGCGUAUGUGGGCCAGAGCGGACGUAGGGCGGGUUGGGAUGUUAUACUAGGUGAGCCGCCGUCGCUCUCGCCCUUCUACAGCGCACCGGUGCGUGCGCUCGCGUCCCUCACCAUCACGGCGUGCAAACACGCUGUGUCGUUCGUUCGCCGCUACCGCCUUCCCCGCACCCAACGAGACGAGUCCAUCGCAUACGGCGGGCCACGCUCUCCUCACCGUCAACAUGCCUCACGAACGCGCGCACGUUCACCACCGCAGCGUGCAAAUACGCCGUGUCGUUCGUUCACCAGUACCAUCUUCCCCGCAGCCAACUGGACGAGUCCAUCGCGUACGGCCGGCCACGCUCUUCUCACCGUCAACGUAACGUCGCGAAUGCGCACCCAUCUGCACGCCAUCGCCACUGUCAUGGGCCAGAGCGAAUGUAGGGCGGGUAGGAACGGGUUUUCAGGUGAGUCGCCAUUGCUCUCGCUCGCGUCCUUCACCAACAUGACGUGUUUGCACGCCGUGUCCUUCGUUCGCCGCUACCGCAUUCCUCGCACAGAACGAGACGACUUCACCGCGUACGGCCACGCUAUCAUCGCCGUCAACGUAGCGUCACAAAUGCGCGCACAUCUACAAGGCCGGCCCACCGUCGCCAGCGGCGCCGCAGCAGAAGGGCGAGGUGGGGAUCUCAUGGAGCGCGUAGGUGGGCGAGAGCGGACGUAG